CACCGGACACCGGCAGCCUCCCGCGGACCUCUCGGACGACUUCGCGGCUCCGCCACCCUUCGCCAGGCGUGGUCUGGGAGCGGAUGGUAAGCCGGCGCCGCACAGAAGCACACCUACCGGAGAGAGUCCGCGUCCUCGCCCCCCAGACGCAGAAAAUGGGAUAGCGCCGUGGCCGCUGCUGCCGGGACAAAAUGGCGCCGGGAAACCGGUUAGGCGCAGGCGCCCGGGGAAGACCCGGCUCCGCCCCCGUGCAAAACCCUGGCUGCAGUUCUGGAUUCCGUUUCCAUGGGACACGCCGCCGCCCAAUCCUCGUGCGGAACUGCUCUUCCUGACCCCUCCGUUCUCCAAUCAGUGCUCAGUCAAGCACAUCCGGAGUCUCCUCUUCCAAUCACAUUUCUGGGCUCUCUUACUCAAGCCCCUGUCCUCCAAUAACGUGAGUUUCCGGACCCAGCCAAUCAGAAGUGGGCGAUGUCCUACCUGCUGUUUUCCGCACCAAUCAUGGAAGUUUCACGGCUACAUCCAAUGAGAAAGGCAGACAGCGAGCUCCAAUCCGAAGCUGUUCGGCGUCAUGAGCAGCCAAUAGGAGUUCGUGUAGAAGCGAGUCUGCUCAACAGCUUGUUAUUUGGUGGAUUGUGGCAGUAAAUCGGGGCGAGUGGGGAACCCGGCGCAGGAACUGCCGCUGCGGCCGGGAGCGGUGCUUCCCGGACGGGGGCCCACGGCGGUCAGUAAGGCGGCAGACUGGAGAGCUGACAGCGCGCUGCACCCGCAGUAGCGCCCGGGGAGAGAACUCGUGGAAGCUGGAACCCCACAGGUCACCAGUCAAGAUGAAGGCGGCGGACGAGCCUGCCUACCUGACAGUGGGAACUGACGUCAGUGCCAAGUACCGAGGGGCCUUCUGUGAGGCGAAGAUCAAGACUGUGAAGAGGCUGGUGAAAGUCAAGGUAUUGCUGAAACAGGAUAACACAACACAGUUGGUGCAAGAUGACCAAGUAAAAGGGCCUUUACGAGUCGGAGCUAUUGUUGAAACAAGGACAUCUGAUGGAUCCUUCCAGGAAGCUAUUAUCAGCAAGUUGACAGAUGCUAGUUGGUAUACCGUGGUAUUUGAUGAUGGUGACGAGAGAACUCUGAGGCGCACCUCUCUUUGCCUGAAAGGGGAGAGACAUUUUGCCGAGAGUGAGACGCUUGACCAGCUGCCUUUAACAAACCCAGAGCAUUUUGGAACACCAGUCAUUGCCAAGAAGACGAACAGAGGGAGGAGGUCCUCACUUCCUAUCACUGAAGACGAAAAGGAGGAGGAGAGCAGUGAGGAGGAAGAGGAAGACAAGCGGCGUCUCAGCGAUGAGUUACUAGGAAAGGUUGUCCGGGUGGCGCCCACGGCCGAGAGGACUGAGUGGUACCCUGCUUUGGUCAUCUCUCCCAGCUGCAAUGAUGAUGUCACAGUGAAAAAGGAUCAGUGUUUAGUUCGAUCAUUUAUUGAUUCUAAAUUUUACUCUAUAGCAAGAAAGGACAUUAAGGAACUAGACAUUCUCAGUCUACCAGAAUCUGAGCUCUGUGCUAAGCCAGGGCUCCGGAGAGCAAGUGUCUUCUUAAAAGCUAGAAUCGUUCCUGAUAAUUGGAAAAUGGAUAUAAGUGAAAUCCUCGAGUCAUCCAGCAGUGAUGAUGAAGACUGCCCAGCUGAGGAGAAUGAAGAGGAGAAGAAGGAAGAGCCCAAAAAGGAGGAAGAAGAACCGCCUGAGGAAGAACUUGACCCUGAAGAGAGGGACAACUUCCUCCAACAGCUUUAUAAGUUUAUGGAAGACAGAGGUACUCCAAUCAACAAACCACCUGUUUUGGGCUAUAAAGAUCUCAAUCUCUUCAAGCUCUUUAGACUGGUCUAUCAUCAGGGGGGAUGUGACAAUAUUGAUAGUGGUGCUGUGUGGAAGCAGAUUUAUAUGGACCUUGGCAUUCCAAUUUUGAACUCAGCUGCGUCCUACAAUGUAAAAACUGCUUAUAGAAAAUAUCUCUACGGUUUUGAGGAGUACUGCCGUUCUGCAAAUAUUCAGUUCCGAACUAUUCACCACCAUGAACCAAAAGUAAAAGUGGAAACAAAAGACUUGGAAGACUCAAUGGAAGAGGCUCUAAAAGUGGACCAGGAAAUGCCUUUAAUGGACGUGAAGAGUGAGCCCGAGGAGAAUACCGAUUCCAACAGCGACAGCGACAGAGAAGACACAGACCCGAAGUCUCCAAGAGGGCGGAGGAAAAUUGUUCGAGAUGCAAAUUCUAUUAAAAAAGAAAUAGAAGAAGAGAAAAUCGAAGAAAAAUUCAUCAAAAACGAUACAGAAAAUAAGGAUGUCGAUGAGGACUAUGAAACAGCCGAGAAAAAGGACAAUGAGCUGCUGCUGGGGAGAAAAACCACACCAAAGCCCAAAGAGAGGAAACUUAAAAAGCAAGAGGAUUCUGAGAAAGACUCAGAGGAAGAGGAAGAGAAAAGCCAAGAGAGGGAAGAAACCGAAAGCAAAUGUGACUCGGAAGAGGAUGAAGAGGGAGACGACACAGAACCCUGCCUGACCGGAACCAAAGUCAAAGUGAAGUAUGGCCGAGGAAAGACUCAGAAAAUUUAUGAAGCCAGCAUCAAAGGCACCGAGAUCGAUGACGGGGAGGUUUUAUACUUGGUGCAUUAUUAUGGAUGGAAUGUCAGAUAUGAUGAAUGGGUAAAGGCUGACAGGAUAAUCUGGCCCUUGGACAAAGGUGGACCAAAGAAAAAACAGAAGAAGAAAGUUAAGAAUAAAGAAGACAGUGAAAAGGACGAAAAGAGGGAUGAAGAGAGACAGAAGUCAAAACGGGGAAGACCUCCUUUAAAAUCUACCUUUUCGCCAAACAUGCCGUACAGUUUAUCUAAGACGUCCAACAGUGAAGGAAAAUCAGACUCCUGUUCAUCUGAUAGUGAAGCAGAAGACCCUUUGGAGAAGAGCUUGGUAAAUGAAGAGCUUUCUCCUGAUAUCAAAGAAGAAUUAGAAAAAAGUGAAAAUGUAAACGAUGAUAAACUAGAUGAGGAAAACCCAAAGAUUGUACAUCUAUUAAAAGAAAAUGACAGGACUCAGAUGCAGCCCUUGGAACCCCUGAAGGUAGAGGUCACGGACAGCGAUCACAUAGUACAUGUUUUUGGAAACAAAGCGGAACAAGCGGAAGAAGUUAAGAAACAGGUGGAAAAGUCCCCUAAAGGGAAGGGAAGGCGAAGUAAGACGAAAGACCUUUCUUUAGAAAUGAUAAAGAUGUCAUCCUUCAGCCAGGAAGAAGCAGGCGGAGAAGCUCAUGCGGACACUCACAGCCUGGAGUUUUCUUCACUAGAAUGUAAAAACUUUUCUUCUACUGAAGAUGAGGUGGACCAAUAUGAGAAAGAGAAAAAGUUGAAACGGAAAAUACUGGGACACUCAUCACCAGAGAAAAAACUAAGGCUUGAGAAUGGGACCGAAGCGACAGCUGGCGGCUCCCAAGAGAGGACCAGCGAUGGCGUGGGAGCGGAGGGCAGGAAGGGCUCACGUUUGGAGCAGCACUUUGAGACAGAAAAUGAAGGAAUGCCAUCCCUGACAGCGGAGCCGAACCAGGGCAUCCAAGAAGUGACCAGUGAGAAACUGGACAGUCCAGCUGAAGAACCUGUCCCCACGCCACUCAAGGAGGAGGAGGACGGCAUGCCUCUGAUCGGGCCCGAAACCUUGGUUUGCCAUGAGGUAGACUUGGAUGAUUUGGAUGAGAAGGAUAAGCCCAGUAUUGAGGAUGUGCUAGUUGAAAGCUCUGAGUCUAACUGCCUGGUUUCCGUGCCGCCUGCCCCACCUCCUCUAGCACAGCCUAACUUUUCAGUAGCCUCCCCACUUACUCUCAGUCAAGACGAGUCCCGAAGUGUAAAGAGCGAGAGCGAUGUAACAAUUGAAGUUGAUAGUAUUGCCGAAGAGUCGCAAGAAGGCCUCUGUGAGAGGGGACCAGCCAACGGGUGUGAAGCCAGCGCUCCCGCUGGUACCUGUAGUGUAAUUGUACCAGAGAGAGAGAGCAGAGAGAAGGGUCAGAAGAGGCCAAGCGAUGGAAGUAGUGGGUUGAUGGCGAAAAAGCAGAAGCGAACCCCCAAGCGGCCCAGUGCGGCAGCCAAGAGUGAGAAGAACGGAACAGGACAGAGCAGCGACAGUGAGGACCUCCCUGCCAUAGACAGUUCGAGCAAGUGCACGCCAGUCAAGCAUCUCAGCCUGGCGAAGCCGCAGAAGCUAGCUCGCUCCCCUGCAAGGAUCUCACCUCACAUCAAAGACGGAGACAAAGAGAAGCACAGAGAAAAGCAUCCAAAUUCAUCCCCUAGGACGUAUAAGUGGAGCUUCCAACUCAAUGAAUUAGAUAAUAUGAACAGUACAGAGAGAAUCUCUUUUCUCCAAGAAAAACUGCAGGAAAUCAGAAAAUACUACAUGUCUUUGAAAUCUGAGGUUGCAACCAUCGACAGGAAGAGGAAAAGAUUGAAAAAGAAAGACAGAGAAGUGUCUCAUGCAGGAGCUUCUAUGUCAUCGGCUUCAUCCGACACUGGAAUGAGUCCCUCUUCAUCAUCUCCCCCGCAAAACGUCCUUGCUGUAGAGUGCAGGUGAUGAACGUUUUCUCCACCCUCCAGCAGAUUGCUGCCAUGGACAGAAAUUCCAAACCCUGAAAUACAACCACAGAAAGCACUCAGCUGGCUAGGUAGCUCCUGUAUGUUUUUCCAGGAUUGUAGCUCUAUCCUCCUCUGCUUUUUUAUUGUUGCAAAAAAUAAGCUUAUUAAUAAUUGAAGGGUAGGUGACCUGCCAUAUUAGUCAUAAUUUUUCCUCUCUAUUUUUUCCUUUUUUUUUUUUUUGUGAUAGAGAAAAAAGGGCACUUAGCAAAUUUGAAUUUAUAUAAUAAAGCUUUCAGGUGUUCUAGAGUCAUAGACAAGCAAGUGCACAUGAUCAACAUCAGAAUAUUACCUGGCUGAGUAGUGACUGCUGCACUUUCACUGAGCUGUAUUUGAACAUGAACACUUGGUGAGUAGGGGGAUUAUUUUAUGUUUGUUUGUUUGUUUUUUAAUUUCAUUUUUUGUGGAAGCACUUGCUAUGUAGAACUGCCAAAGUAUGUGUUCAGUAGUGUGCCCAGAUUUCAAGUGUAAAUGGGACAAAAUCAGUUGUGAAAGGAAGUGUAGUUGGCUGAAAACUGCAGUUGUAAUAAGUCUUCCACUUUUUAUAGGACUUUGGAGCACACAAUUAUGCAAAUAUUUUAAUGUUUAUUAAUGUUUACAGUGGAAUUGUGAAUAAGUUUUCAGUGGACUAUCUUAUCCCUUGACAAAAAUAUUUUGUCUUUUUUCUAUGUAAUUUCAGAGUUUUUAUUUUGUUACAAAAAUACAAAAAUGAAAUAUAUAACAACAAUGAAGUUAUUUAACAAGAUUUCUAAAGCUGAAAAUUUUUGUGUAAAAUAAGGUAUUAUCUUGCAACUUGUUAAAUAUAUUUAUUCAGACAUUGGAUGGUUGUAUUUUUAUGUAUUUUUUAAAAUAUUAAUAAAAUUGAAAAAAAGAAAAUUCUAGGUUACUUCACUCUUUGGAUGGCAAUGGUUGUCAGCUGCCCUUUGGCAGGGGCUGCUUCCCGCAGCCUCACGUGCUGAAGGCAGUCUGUGUGAGUCCUUCCAACAGAACAGCUCUAAGCGGGCAUCUGGAUCACUCAGAUGUCCUUGUGGAGAGACUUUGGCAGUCCUAGUAUUGACACUGUUUGGAGGAUCAAAUUUUUGGUUGCCCUUAAGAUGCUUUGUCUCACAGUUUUAUGUUUGCUCUACUGCCGAAUAAAUUUAUAUCUCCCAAAGUCGAGAUGCAACAAUUACAUGAAGCCACUAUGUAUGCCUUGCCUGUGAAUUGUUUCACAGGCUGAUACAUUUGUAAAUAAUUCUUCCAAAAUCAUGUAUUUAAAGCAGUUUUGCAUAUACAUUAUGUAAAAAAGGUGAUUUUUUAAAAACAAUUUUUAAAUUCAUGUUUGUACAUUAAAAGGGGUUGUUUCGAAGCCUCCUUUUCUGUGUUUCGUACGCUGUAAGGUGAUAGCCAGCCUGGGCGCCCCACACUGUGACGGCAGACAGGUACAACCCACCCGCGAUGGCAGAGCAUUACCGAAAUCACUGUUCCUCAGCUUCAUUUCUCCACGUUGUGAACUGUUAUUCAGAUUUCUUCCAUUUUCUCAGAGAAUUAAAACAAAAAAGUACUCUUGUAA